AUGUCCUACACACCCAGUCCAACCCCUUCAGCGGACGAGGAGACCCUCGGGCUCCCCCGCAUCCUCUGUCUCCAUGGCGGCGGCGUCAACGCGGAUAUUUUCCGGUUGCAGAUGCGCCCCAUAAUCACACGGCUGUCAAGCCGGUUUCGCUUCGUGUUUGCGGACGGGCCGUUCAUCUGCCCCGCCCACCCAGCCAUCGGCGCGGUGUACGGAAACCACGGACCCUUCCGCCGCUGGCUGCGCUGGUUGCCCGAGCACCCAGAGAUCGACGGCGAGACCGCCUCGGAGGAGAUUCAGUACCAGCUCAGGACAGCCAUGGAGGACGACAACUACCGCGGCGGCAGGGGCGAGUGGGUAGGCCUUUUGGGCUUCAGCCAGGGCGCCAAAAUCGCCGCGAGCUUGUUGCUGGCGCAGCAGACGUUGGAGGCGGCAGGGCAGACGCAGGAUUGCAAUUGGAAGUUUGGCGUCAUCAUGGCCGGACGCGCCCCAUUGGUGGCCCUGGACGAGCGCAUGGGUUACAUCAAGGGCGUGCAAGAUGCGUCGGGGAUCGGAGCAGAGUUUACGGAUUGGGCUGGGAGUGACGACAAGGGCCAUAUUCUGAGGAUCCCGACAAUACACAUCCACGGCUUGAAGGACCCGGGACUUCAUCUCCACCGCAAGCUGUUGGACAAGUACUGCAUCCCAGAGAGCACAACACUAGUUGAGUGGGAGGGCGACCAUCGUCUUCCGUUUAAGGGACCAGAUGUCCUUGCUGUUGUGGACCAGAUAUCAAUCGUUGCCAGGAGCCUGGGGAUACUAACACACUGA